GUGAGAGAGAGAGAGUGAGAGAGAAAGAGAAAGAGAGAGGUGAAGAUAACACUGUGGGACUGUGAGGAGGACGGGAGAGCUGAGAUAGAGUCCAUUUCUCUUCUUGUCUAUCUUCUUCUUUAUUCAGCUAGCUUUGAGUUUUCAUCCGUCAAGCUGUGUGAUAUCCGAGGACUUUUCUAAUUCUUCCUUCACUGAUUGUGUUCCUUUUGAGUUCAAGAAAAACUUUAACAGAAGAAGGAAAAGAAGAAGAAGAAGAAGAAGAAGAAGAAGAAGAAGAGGCUGUGAAGAACAACAGCGCCAUGGCCUCCUGGUUCAACUGGAAUGAACCGCAUCUGCGGAGUCCCCGCAGAGACCCGGCAGACGUGGUCACCGACACCCUGAUGCUGGAGUUCAACUGGCAGCUGAAGGAGGCCGAGAGGCAGCAGAAGGAGAGGGAGAACGAGUACCGCCGCCUAAAGACCGGGGUGGACUACAGCUGGCUGGCCAGCACGCCUCGCUCGACCUACAGCAUCAGCACCGGGGAGAAGCUCGGCCUGGAGGACCUCUGCUCCAAGGUGCCACCUCCCUGCUGUGGGCUCGUCAUACUCAAGUUCAGAGAAGUUCUGCAGGCCAAUGAGCCAGAGGUACAGGAUGUGUGCGGCCUGUUUCGAUCCGUCCUCCUGGAGUCUCUGGAUAACCUGAAGGAGGAGCAGGAGGCGCAGCGGCUCGCCCGCCAGUGGAACAACAAGCGUGCCAUGAGCAUGUCCCUCAUAAACUUCAGGUCCCGAAUUAAGAUCAACCCGUUCGGCAGCACAGUGGGCCUGACCGCCGCUGUGUCCGAUGGAGCGGGGCUGAGCGACCUAAAAACCGUGUCAGAGGACGUGGAGAGAGGGAUGGAGCGGGAGGAGAGGGUGUGGAGCAUGCCGGACUUCAGAUACAAAGGAGCAAACAGCAGUAAGGUCGUCUGACAUGCAGCGUCCACUAGACAGUGACGGUGUUCGGGACGUUUCAGUAGGACAGUCGCUGAUCUCCAGGACUGUCUGUUGCAGAGUGACCACCUUGCACCAGGCGAGGCAGGAUGAAUUUCAUUCUCUCCUUCCUUUUCAGUAUGAGACCAGACAGCAUUUGAUCCAUUCACUGUUUUAAAUUUGCACCAGAAAGGGCAAUGUCAGGUGUUCUCCUCAGUUUUACUGUAACAUGACUACACUUUUUGAAUAUGCUCCUACUUGUUAUGAGAUUUUAACCUCUUGCAAUGAUGCAUCUUUUAUUGUAGACACUGGCGUCUAAGAAAUGAGGGCUAUUUAUCUCAGCCUUGUAGGCAUGUUUGUGUUGUUCAUAUACUUCUUAAAUCCUACAUUUUAUAGGAAUAUUUCAAAUAUGCUGAUGUACUAUAACA